AUGUGGACCGCUUGCUCUAACACACAUAAUAAAUGGAUCAAUCAAAUGGCACCUGUAUCACAAUUAUCCUGUUUAUGGUUUGGUACAAAUGAACGUACAAGAGCAACGUGUAUAGCCAUAUUAAGUGCUAGUUUUGGUUGUACCAUUGGUUUUGUUAUCUCACCUUAUAUUGUUGAUAAGCCUGAUCAUGUACCUUAUUUAUUAUAUUUACAUGUUGGACUAUCAUUUCUUUCAUGUAUAUUAGCAAUAAUUUAUUUUCCUGCAGUACCUCCAACACCACCAUCACCAGCAGCUGAAUUAUUAAUUUAUUCUUCAAAUAGUGGAAACCAAAACGGGAUAAAUAGUUUGAAAAUAUAUCUAUCAAAUGUUUGGCAGUGUUUAACAUGUAUCCCAUUUUUAUUAUUAUCAUUGGCUGGCGGUAUUUUUGAAGGUACAUUUACAGCAUGGAACGGAUUAUUUGCGACCAUUUUAACACCAAUGCAUUAUACAGAAACUCAAGCAGGUUGGUUUGGUUUUGGUUUUGCAAUGGCUACUAUGAUUGGUGGUUUAAUCGUAUCAACAAUGGCUGAUUCAAAAUAUUUUCAACGUUUACUAAAAUUAUUAAUAUUAAUAUCAUUAUUCUGUUCUUUGCUUUGUUGUUUAUGGUUUCAGUUAAGUGUCCGAACAAUAUUUUCUAAAAAACCAAUAUUAAAACCAUCAACUGUAUCAAUUGGUUUAUCAUUAGCAUUUACUGGUUUAUUUCAAGGUGCAGCAAAUCCUUUGAUUUAUGAAUGUUUAGCGGAAAUUAUGUAUCCUCUUCCAGAAUCAUUAUCAGCAUCAAUAUUAGUAGAAUGGAUAAAUAUUAUUGUUUUGAUUUUCUUAUUUAUAGCACCUGAUCGUACAGUUUUGAUGAAUUUCUUAGUAUUACUUACGACUUUUUUAUCUAUUAUCAUGAUUUUAUUUGUUAAAAUACAAUAUAAACGUAGAGAUGAAGAUGAACGUAAAAAAUUAGAAAAACAACAAGAAACAGUAGAAGAUAUCAAUAUUUAUAUUCGCAAUCGACAACAACAACAUGAGAGCAGUACAACAUAA